AUGGCGUCAACCGCAGAUGACGCCGUGAUUGACGUUGAGGAGGACGAGGAAGAGGAGGAAUUACCGUUUCGUUGGGGCGAUCCGGCUCCCGGCCCGAGUCGCGGCGGCAAGCGGUUUUACCUGUGGUUCGAGCAGGGAGGGGAGCGGUUCGACAUUUACGACUGCGUGUACUGCCAGGCAGAAGAGGGGAUGGACCCGUACGUGGGGAAGAUCGUGCGCAUGUACGAGCUCCCCCCCAGCCGCCGCGGAAAGCGCAACAGCAUCGGCGGAAAGCCAGGCGAGCGCAAGGUGGACAUCCGCUGGUUCUUCCGCGCGGCUGACGUGCAGGCGGAGGGCGGGGAGCUCCCAAGGGACGUGCGCCCCAACGAGGUGUUUCUGGCCGUUCCCGAGGGCACUCAAGGGGUGACUGACGCUAAUAAAGUGAAACUGGUUGCCAAACGGAUAGUGGUGGACUCCUGUGCUUGCAUAGUCUGCCUGUCUGCCGGCCAUCCCUUGCCUCCCCUCGGCCAUUUUCUCCACGCCUUCCCCCUUCUUGCCCCCCCUUUUCCGGUCCCCUUUUGGUCGGCCUGCCUUCUCUGGUCUAGCACAGAUAGUGAUAGUGGUGGACUCCCGGGCGCGCAUACUGUGCGUGUCUGCCAAUCUUCUCGUGCCUCCCCUCACCCACGCCCUCCCCGCUUCCCACGCAACCCUUUACCUAUCCACCACGCCCAUGUGCGAGCACAGAUAGUGGUGGACUCCCGGGCGCGCAUACUGUGCGUGUCUGCCAAUCUUCUCGUGCCUCCCCUCACCCACGCCCUCCCCGCUUCCCACGCAACCCUUUACCUAUCCACCACGCCCAUCACAGAUAGUGGUGGACUCCCGGGCGCGCAUACUGUGCGUGUCUGCCAAUCUUCUCGUGCCUCCCCUCACCCACGCCCUCCCCGCUUCCCACGCAACCCUUUACCUAUCCACCACGCCCAUGUGCGAGCACAGAUAGUGGUGGACUCCCGGGCGCGCAUACUGUGCGUGUCUGCCAAUCUUCUCGUGCCUCCCCUCACCCACGCCCUCCCCGCUUCCCACGCAACCCUUUACCUAUCCACCACGCCCAUCACAGAUAGUGGUGGACUCCCGGGCGCGCAUACUGUGCGUGUCUGCCAAUCUUCUCGUGCCUCCCCUCACCCACGCCCUCCCCGCUUCCCACGCAACCCUUUACCUAUCCACCACGCCCAUGUGCGAGCACAGAUAGUGGUGGACUCCCGGGCGCGCAUACUGUGCGUGUCAAAGGACCCGCGCAAUCCACAGCCGAGCGCAGCGCAGGUGGAGGCAGCAGAGCUGGUGUUCUGCCGUGCGUGGGACAUGCAGCAGAAGCAGGUGCUGGAGGACCUUCAGGUGGCUAUUGACGACUUGGGCUCAGAGGAGGCGGUAUUUAACAAGCCGGCAUGGGUGCAGCAGCAGCCGACCAGUGGGGCGACAGCAGGAGAGGACAGAGCAGCAGGCGAGGAAGCAGGAGAGGACAGAGCAGCAGGCGAGGAAGCAGGAGAGGACAGAGCAGCAGGCGAGGAAGCAGGAGAGGACAGAGCAGCAGGCGAGGAAGCAGGAGAGGACAGAGCAGCAGGCGAGGAAGCAGGAGAGGACAGAGCAGCAGGCGAGGAAGCAGGAGAGGACAGAGCAGCAGGCGAGGAAGCAGGAGAGGACAGAGCAGCAGGCGAGGAAGCAGGAGAGGACAGAGCAGCAGGCGAGGAAGCAGGAGAGGACAGAGCAGCAGGCGAGGAAGCAGGAGGCGCGGUUACAGGAAAUGCUGUUGCAGUCGGAGAGGAGAAGGAUGGUGCUCUGAGAAACGAUGUGAAAGGGGAAGAAACGGGGACGGGGGAGGAGCAAAGGGUUGGGGAAAGCGGAGGAGGGGAACAGAAACGGCUAAGCAAGAGGAUGAAGGUAGAAGGGCAGGUGGGGGAAAAGGGCGGGAAGCAGAGCAAGGAGAAGAAGGCGGGGGACCCGUGGGAUCUGGAGGAGGAGGAGGAGGAGGAGGAGGAGGAAGUGGAGGAAGGGCAAGAGGAUGGGCAAGUGGACGAGGAGGAGGAGGGUGUAGAAGAGGAAGAGGAGGAGGGCGACGGGGAAGAGGAGGAAGAGAGGGGGGGAUUGAGAAAAGAAGGUUCAAAGGAAGGCUUAAAGGAAGCGCCCGCAAAGUCAAGUGCACUGAAACUGUUGACUGAGAAAUCGGCCCUGGCAGGGCAGGCAGGCACGGGCGGGCUCAGGCAGGGAUUGCCUCAAGGGCUGCAGCCUGCAGCAGCCCCUGAUGGGCCCGGGUCUCGAGCGAAAUUGCCCGUCCGCCCCUCCCAGAAGAAGCUCCCCCGGAUAACAUCUCCCCCUGGGGCUGUGACUGCUGGGCUGAGAGGAGGAGGGGUAGGUGGAGAGAGAGGAGGAGGUGGGGGAAAAGGGGGAGGGGGAGGGGGAAAGAAGAAGGUUGCUGGUGUGUUGUCAUUGGCCAAUGUUCCGGCCAAUAGGAGGAGUUUGUUUGAGAAGCUGCAAGGGAAGAAGAAGGGGCAGGGAGCAGGGAGGGUGGGUAAGGGAGAAGGGAUGAUGAGGGGAAGGGAGAGGAGUGCUGAGAGAGAAGGGAAGCUGCCAGAGGGACAAGAGGUGGUGCCGCUGGGGAGGAGGAUAGAGAAGGAGAGAAGGAAAGAGGCGAGGAUGAAAUUGGAGGAGAGGAGGAAAGAGGAGGGAGGGAAGCCUGUCAGUGAUGCAGAGCCAGGUGCUGCUGACAUGGCGCCGGCUGAGGUGGUGGAUUUAGAGAAGAGAGAAAGCAAGGGUGACGCGAUUGAAAGGGGAAUUGCUGGUGCGGGAAUGGAAGGGAAGAGCGGAACGGAGACUGCAGUGCCUAAGGAGAGCGUUGAUCGUGAGGGUUUGGAGGUGAAGUCAGAGAGCGAGAAAAGGGACGAGAGUGAGAAAAGGGACGAGAGUGAGGAGAAGAGUGAGAUAGAGAGUGACGGGGAGAGACCACUCGUUGACACACGUUUCUGUUGGCCGGUGCCUCUUGCUGCUCCUGCUUCUGCAUCUCCUGCUGCUGCCACUGCUGCCACCGCUGCCACCGCUGCCACUGCUGCCACAACCACUGCCACUACAACCGCUGCUGCUGCUGCUGCUGCUGCUGCUGCUGCCACCACCACUGCAGCUGCUGCGGCUGGGGCGAAGGCGAGGCAGGCAGAGAAGAGAGAGGCAGAUGGAUACCGGUGGAGCAGCAUCAUUGAGGGGGCGUUGGAGGAGCAGCGGGUGGUUCGGAUUGACAACAUCCCUCCCUGCACCUCGUCGCAGCAGCUGCACGAGGCGAUGCUUGAGCUCUUCACAGAUGUGGUGGCGGUGCGAGUACAGCCGGCCACCACGCCCAUUCCCCCCAUCGCCAUUCACGCCUUUGCCAUCUUCCGCACCGCUGCUGCCGCCGCUGCUGCUGUGCUCUUCCUCUCCGCCAAAUGCGUCGUGCCCUCCCACUCCUCCCGCCCUCUGAUUGGUCGCCUGCAGCGGCCACAAGCAGAGGCGCCAUCAGCAGUGGAUGCCCCCUCGGCCUCUCUCGUGUCGCACGGCCCGGGCUACUUCACCAUCCGCAACAAGCGUGGCGGCCCUGGACAGUACUCAGAUGAGAAGAAGAACGCCCUAACCACGUCGCACGUUGCACAACCCAACCAUGUUGAAUACGAGCUGGGGGUGGAGUGGAGGGUGGUGCAGCAGAGGGAGGUGCACAUGGUGAAGGCUUUACUGAAAGCCCACCAGGCAGAACUCAACAGCCUGAUGCUGAGCAACCGAGACUGA